UUGGCCGCGUCCAAUAGCAGCGGCGGCGAGGCGAGGGGCCGGACCCGGCGGCGGAGGAGGCCGUUUAAAGUGGCGGCGCUUGCGGGGCGUGAGGGGAAUGGCGGAGCCGGCGGAGUAUCCCCCUUUCCAGCUGGGGAAGCCCCGCUUCGAGCAGACUUCAUUUUAUGGCCGAUUCAGGCACUUCUUAGACAUCGUUGACCCCCGCACUCUCUUUGUUACAGAGAGUCGUCUUAAAGAAGCUGUGCAGUUGCUGGAGGAUUAUAAACAUGGGACUUUACCCCCUGGAGUCACCAACAAAGAGCUUUGGGGAGCUCAAAAAAUAAAGCAGGCCAUCAUACAUCCUGAUACCAAUGAGAAGAUCUUCAUGCCUUUCAGAAUGUCAGGUUACAUUCCUUUUGGAACACCCAUUGUAAGUAUUUUAGCAUUUCUCCCCACCAGGCCUGAGUGUAACAGGAAAUGCAUUUUUUAG